GAGGUUUAAAGAAAAGGCAAGUGGUGGAAAUGACAAAGCUGAACAACCAAAUAAAACAAGCUCAAAGCCAGCAAGAGUCACUAAUGGAGGAAACCAAGCAGCUAUAUGCUGAGAAGUUACUUGUCCAGACUGAAAACAAAUUCUUCCUGGAAUAUCUAACCAACAAAACUGAAGAGUAUAGAAUGCAGCCUGAAAAGCUGUGGAACAGCUAUUUACAAAAAAGUCAGGAGAUUGAACAAAGGAGACGAGACUAUGCCUCCAAAUAUGCGAAACAAACUUCAGUGUUUAGGGAGCUUUUGCAGAAGGAAAAGAUCCAAUGCAACUUAAAGCAGCAGUUGCAGACACUGAGGAAAAUUUCACUGUUAAAGGAGAAACAGGAGAGAGAAAUCCAGAUAUUACAGGACGAGAAAAAGAAAACCCCAGCUGAGACAGAUGCCAAGAAACAGGAAAUCCAGGUCCAGUUACUCCAGGAAAAAGCAUUUCUAGAGAAACAACUGAGUGAGCCAGACAUGGGGCAGUUGGGAAAGAGGAAAAGAAAGGAGCUUGACGGGAAGGCCCAGGCCUUGGAGUUGGAAGCAAAGCAGUAUACUUUUGAGUUCUACCGUGGCAUCAGGAGAGAGAACCGGGAGUUACGGAAGAAGUUACUGCAGCAAACUCAGCAGUGCCAGGAGUUGCAAGCUACUAAAAGCCAGUUAGAAAAUCAGAAGCAGCAGCUGCAGCUGGAACAGUGGUAUGUGGAGGGCUUAAUCCGGGCGAGGCAACGAUUGCAAAGAAGGCGUAAUUGGUGCCCAGGACAGGAUGCUCCAAGGACCACAUUAACACCUCUGAGUACCAAACCAAAGAUUAAUCCAAACCAAUUCCUAAAAUAACACUGCGUAAAUAAAGACUGGAGCAAGUAUUCUUAUAAACCGAUGGCUGCAUAAACUUAGUUAGGAAGGCUUUAGGAUCU